UGAGCUACGUAAAGGAACGGUAUCAUCUAUUCACGAAUCAUAGGCAAGUCUGAUUAUGUUUAUAAAUAAGAAGAGAAGUUGAAAUUUUAAAGUUUGCAUUUACAUUUUGGGAUGUGAAGUAAUAAGGAAGAAUACUGGCAGAAAGUUGAUACAAUGGACGGGAGUAAAUUCUUCAUAACUGAUAUAAAAUCUCGACAACUAUUCGUAUUCUUCACGUUAAUUUCAUUUCUGACGUUUUCGAUAGGAAUAGCAAUCGGUUAUAUCAUUUCCAGUCUAAGUUCAGUAUCAAGUAAAUCUGAAAUAAGGAAUAAUAUUACAGAGGCUAUAAGAAGCUCGUGCUGCGCGACUUCCAUAGAAACAGAUACAGGAAAGGUAUAUCUAGAACGCAUGCUAGAAAGACAAGAUAAAAUGUUUGCAUGCGUGCGUAGUACGGAAGAGUGUUGGUACUACGGUCUUCCAAGAACGUAUCUAGUGUAUCAACUGAACGGAAAAACAAUUAAUAUAGAUGGAAAACUAGAUGAUGACGCAUGGGGAGAGGUUCCGUGGAGUGAUGAUUUUGUAGACAUACGCAGUUUCAUUUACGGAAAGCCAAAAUACGACUCAAAGUUCAAAAUGAGAUGGGACAACGAAUGUCUGUACAUAGGUGUUUACAUGCAAGAAAAUGACCUGUGGGCAACCUAUAAGGAGCACGAUUCGCCGCUUUAUAAGGAAAACGGACUGGAGGUGCUUUUGGGCAUAGACAGAUAUAGCUUUAAUUAUAAGCAGAUUGAUAUUAACGUUCUUGGUACAAUUAUGGAUCUGCUAAUGUUUACGUCACCGUAUGAGACCAGUUUUAAUCAGGCUUCGGAUAUAAAGUGGAAUAUAACGGCAAAGAGCGCCGUCUAUUUUGAAGGAACGGUGAACACGCCCGGUGAUGAGGAUAAAUACUGGUCUAUGGAGCUAGCUCUUCCCUUUAAGGAACUGUCUGAACUUUCGCAACGUGGACAUUUCAUACCGAAGGAAAACGAAGUUUGGACCGCUCAGUUUGGAAGAUCACAACCAAAUAUUAGAGUGCGGAAUGGUACGUACGAAAGAGGACCAGCGUUUUACUGGAACUGGUGGGCGUGGCAGCCAUGUGAUGCAUUUAACAUGCAUUUGCAGAACCGAUGGGGACUGAUUCAGUUUAAACAAGACAAAGACGACACUAAAUUCAUAUUUCAGAAAUGGCAUAUCUACAAGUCCCUCUUUGAUGUAUAUGACGCUUUGCAGAGUUACAAAGCUGUGACGGGAUUUUAUACUUACACAAUAGAGGCAUUGGACGUACCGCCAUACUUGCUGUCACGUACAUGCGUGUAUAUCCCUGAUAUUACCAUCGAUGGUUCAGAUUUCAAUGUCACAGUUACGUCAAUGAUUCUACCCAACACAACUGCACACAUCCGUUCAGACAAAUAUGUUAUAUUUCAUUAAUCUUGAAAUUCUUAACAAGUUUAACCGACUGUGAAGCAUGUAACCAAAUAGGUGUCGCUAAAGUCAUUAAGCUUUGUAGAAUUGAAAGUUCUAAAUAUUUUCUACCAUGAAGAAACUGUUAGAAGAAACUGCUUUUUAUUUCACAUAGCACGUCUUCAAAAUGUCCACUGAAAUGGCAGUAAUAAAUUUUCCAGCAUUUGUAAAAGGUAGUCUGCUGUUCGCCUCCGAACUGAGGUUAAUACUUUUGCAUAUUUUCUUAGCCUUGACCCUGCACUGGUCGCAAAGGCAGAAUCAAAAGCUGCCAGUCAGCAGGCAGACUAAAGGUUAAUAUUUGGUGUUCCAACGAGUGAAAAAUAUAUAUGUACUUCCUUGAUGUUAUAUGUGAAAAAUUGAUACCGAUGAGUUGAAUUAAACGAUUUUUAAUAUUA